UAGCAUCUAGCUUGGCCUGGAGAAGACGCGGUUCUGGGCUCCCCUGCGCUGAGCCGGUAGCGGGAGGGGGCGAGGCGUGACCCAAACCCUAAAUUCGUGGGGGCGUGGUGGGGCAUCAGAACUCGAACUGCAGGGGUCUCAGCCCAGGUGACCAACGCCUGACCCGAGCGCCCGAAACAGGGGGCGGAGAGAGUGACUGGCGGCCCUCGCAGCCAAUGGGAGCCCGGAGCUACGUAGGCCAGCCCCGUUCCAGCAGCUAGGCGGAGCGUGGGCGGGGUUCCCCGGACGCUGCAAGAGCUCGCGCCCGCGCCCACCGGCUGGCGAGGCCGGCGGCCGCCGCACCAGCAAGCAGGCCUGGAGCGCACACUGCUGUGAGGCAACGGAGGUGGGGGGCUCCCAGUCCCUGAGACCCCAGUCCCGCACGGAAGGCUCAUGGAGCCCGGGGCACGCGGGGCCCUUUGCUCCAGGGCUAGCAGAUUCUUUCUGGACCUGUAGGGCGCCGCCCCAGUCUAGCCACAAUGGCGCACAGUUUUGCGGUGGGCUUCGACCCACUGGGCCUUGGAGACCUAAGCUCGGGCUCUCUGAGCUCCCUCUCCUCCCGAGGCCACCUGGGCAGCGACUCGGGCUCCGCAACGCGAUACCUGCUGAGGAAGCAGCAGCAGCGGCUGUUGAAUGGGCCCCCCCGCGGAAUCCGAGCCUCAUCGCCCAUGGGCCGUGUCAUCCUCAUCAACUCUCCCAUCGAAGCCAACAGUGAUGAGAGCGACAUCAUCCAUGCAGUCCGGGUGGAGAAGAGUCCAGCAGGGAGACUGGGUUUCAGUGUGCGGGGCGGCUCGGAGCAUGGCCUGGGCAUCUUCGUCAGCAAGGUGGAGGAGGGGAGCAGUGCAGAGCGGGCUGGCCUGUGCGUGGGGGACAAGAUCACGGAGGUGAAUGGGCUGAGCCUGGAGAGCACCACCAUGGGCAGCGCCGUGAAGGUGCUGACUGGCAGCAGCCGCCUGCACAUGAUGGUGAGGCGCAUGGGCCGAGUGCCGGGCAUCAAAUUCUCCAAAGAGAAGACCACGUGGGUGGAUGUGGUGAACCGGCGGCUGGUGGUGGAGAAGGGCCGAUCAACGCCGUCUGACAGCGGCUCGGAGGAUGGCGUGCGGCGCAUCGUCCACCUGUACACCACGUCAGACGACUUCUGUCUGGGCUUCAACAUCCGCGGGGGCAAGGAGUUCGGCCUGGGCAUCUAUGUGUCCAAAGUGGACCACGGUGGGCUGGCCGAGGAGAAUGGCAUCAAGGUGGGGGACCAGGUCCUGGCGGCCAACGGCGUCAGGUUCGACGACAUCAGCCACAGCCAGGCCGUGGAGGUGCUGAAGGGCCAAACACACAUCAUGCUGACCAUCAAGGAGACUGGCCGGUACCCUGCCUACAAAGAGAUGGUUUCUGAGUACUGUUGGCUGGACCGAUUGAGCAACGGGGUGCUACAGCAGCUGUCCCCGGCCUCUGAGAGCAGCUCCAGCGUCUCCUCCUAUGCCUCCAGUGCCCCCUACAGCUCGGCCGAGGGCUCGGGCUCCCUGCCCUCCGACCGCAUGGAUGUCUGCCUGGGGCCUGAGGAGCCGGGUGGUCGGGGGCCAGGCUGGGGGCGGGCGGACACAGCCAUGCAGACGGAGCCCGAUGUGGGGGGCCGCGUGGAGACCUGGUGCAGCGUGAGGCCCACCGUCAUCCUCAGGGACACAGCCAUCCGCUCCGAUGGGCCCCGGCCUGCCCGCCGCCUCGAUUCUGCACUCUCGGAGUCCCCCAAGACUGCCCUGUUGCUGGCCCUGAGCCGACCCCGGCCCCCCAUCACAAGAUCCCAGAGCCACCUGACCUUGUGGGAGGAGAAGAGGCAGAGGAAGAAGGAGAAGUUGGGGUCUCCUGGGGAGAAGGGAGCCCUGCAGCGCUCCAAGACACUGAUGAACCUCUUCUUCAAGGGAGGGCGGCAGGGGCGGCUGGCAGGGGACGGGCACAGAGAGGCCUGGACGCUGGACAGAGGGACCCCGGCCAAGCCCCGCCCUCGCCUGGACCCGGAGAAAGGGGCAGUGGGGCCCGUGCAGAAGUUUGUCACAUGGAGACUGAGACGCGAGCGGGAGAGGGGCCGGGCCCUGCUCUCUGCCAGGUCUGGGAGCCCCUCUGGCCAGCUGCCUGAUGUGGAUGAGCGGGUGCAAGCCUGGGAGAGCCGACGGCCCCUAAUUCAGGACCUGGCCCGACGGCUGCUGACUGACGACGAGGUGCUGGCAGUCACCCGCCACUGCUCCCGGUAUGUGCACGAGGGCGGUGUAGAGGACCUGGUGAGGCCCCUGCUGGCCAUUCUGGACAGGCCUGCAAAGUUGCUGCUACUGAGGGACAUCAGGAGUGUGGUGGCCCCCACGGACCUGGGCCGCUUUGACAGCAUGGUGAUGCCCGUGGAGCUGGAGGCUUUUGAGGCCCUUAAGAGCCGGGCAGUGUGGCCUCCUGCCUUGAGACCAGCCCAGCAAGACGCACCUCCCAAGCGUCACCUCAUCACGCCCGUGCCUGAUAGCCGUGGAGGUUUCUAUCUGCUGCCUGUGAACGGCUUCUCAGAGGAGGAAGAUGGUGGGGAACUGAGGGAGCGGCUGGGGGGCCUCCAGCUCUCCCUGGGGGCCUCUGCUCCCCGCCACCCUCAUAAAGGGAUCCCCCCUCUCCAAGACGUGCCGGUAGAUGCCUUCACCCCACACCGAAGCACCCGCACCCCCCCUCCGCAACCACCCCCCGUGGCUCCCAGGCCCCCAAGGCCUAACUGGCUGCUGACAGAACCCCCGACCCUGGAGGACCCGCGGCAGAGCCAGAUCCAGGGCCCUGCCCGGAGCCGCAGCCGCAGCCGCAGCCGCAGCCGCAGCCGCAGCCGGGGCCGAGGCAAGUCCCCAGGACGCAGGCGCUCCCCGUCUCCAGCACCUAUCUCCACCCAGAGCAUGGCCAACGGGCGCUACCACAAGCCUCGGAAGGCCAGGCCACCUCUGCCUCGACCUCUGGAUGGGCAGGCAGCCAAGGCGGGAGGCCACCAAGGCCCCUCUGAGAAUGGAACUGGUGGGACAGCCGAGGAGACAGCCACGAAGACCCCUGGUGGGGAGCUGAGGACAGUCACGUUGUCCAAGAUGAAGCAGUCCUUGGGCAUCAGCAUUUCUGGGGGCAUUGAGUCCAAGGUGCAGCCCAUGGUGAAGAUAGAAAAGAUCUUCCCUGGGGGGGCUGCCUUCGUCAGUGGGGCCCUGCAGGCUGGCUUCGAGCUUGUGGCAGUGGAUGGAGAGAGCCUGGAGCAGGUGACCCACCAGCGAGCAGUAGAUACCAUCCGCCGAGCUUAUCGAAACAAGGCUCGGGAGCCCAUGGAGCUUGUGGUCAGGGUCCCUGGGCCCAGCCCACAACCCUUACCCCCCGAGUCGUCAGCCCUCACCGAUCAGUGCCUUCCUGCUGACCAUUCCCCUGCCCGCUGACCCCCUCCUGGUACUCAUUCCUUCCCACUGCCUCCCAGAACCUCCCAUAAAUGCUCUUCCCACCAAUUCCCAGAUCCCUCCCACUGAUGCCAGUCUCCUCCAGCGGACCGCCAGCCCAGUCCCUUCUCCGACCCCUCUGGACUCCUGACACUAACCCCAGACUCUCUCCACCUAUGCCAGGACUCUUCCCACUGACCUCAGAUCCUCCCGCUGCCUCCCAGGACCCUCCUGCUGUCUCCCAGACCUCCCCUCCUACCCUCCUCUCGGGAUUCAGGAACCUCUCACUGCUCCUCGACUUGCCUCCUCCCAGAGCUCCACACUGCUGGCGCAGACCUCCCCACUUUCUUCCCUCCCCCGCUGUCACUAAGGCUCUGCCCUUUCCAGAUAAACUUGGUGUCAAGGACAAGGUGCUGCGGGGUAGGCUGUGUCACCCGCGCACUGCCCCCAACCUCCCACGACUGGGAGAGGUUGGGAGAAAGCCAAGGUCUGGAGCUUGGGAUUGGCGGGCCCUUUCUCAUGAGGCCUCCUUUAAUGCCCCCAAGCACUGAGGAACAUGGACUCUCAGGGCCCGGAGGGGUCAUUGCAUCUGUCCCCCAGCCCCAAGCAGUGUUCUGUGCAAGGGAUAGGAUGGAAAGCUUUUCUAGUUUCUCAAAUCCUGGGAGACCGUUUCAUGUGGUGGUCCGCUAGGAUCUCACACUUUCCACUGGAUUUGUCCAUCCCCCAUCACCCUCUCUCUCCCCAAGACCUCCACGAGGGGUCAGAAAGAGG